UCAAAAGAUCCAUUUAGUCAUAAAACAGGGUCUUUGUUACCCACUACCCUUCGUGGCGGGACUUAUAUUAUUUAAAGAAACAGGAAAUCUCCUGUAAGGACAAAUCUGACGGGUAGUUACGACGCGUUAGCCAUUCUAGAAAGCAGUGCAGGUAUGAAAAGGUCCAGAAAUGAGGACGACUCAUUUCACUCGGGUCAAGAGAGUGGGCAGAAGGCGAACAAGCUCCCUCGAUCCGAGGUUGAAAAGAUUAUUGCGGAUAAGGUUGUGACUGCAGUCGAGCAGUCUGACUACAAGAUGAAGAAUCUGAUGGAGAGAAUCAAUGAGGUGAAUAGUGAACCCAAAUAUGAUGCCAGAAUCCAGAAAUUGGAAGCUCAUGUAAGGAAGAUCAAACGAAGGGGAGAUGCAGUAUUUGCAUAUAUCAGAAAGUUCAGAUCCUUAGGAAGUUCUCAGAGUCAGUCUCCCCCUUCUGUAAGUUCACCUCCUGUAAGUCCUCCUCCUGAGCAGCCGCAGCGAUGCAUCUCUCCAGCUGAACCAACAGUCAAUAUAUACAGAAGUUCAGUUAAUGGAGAGUGUUUCAGUGACAACGCUUCAGUGUCAUCAGCAGACAACGAUUGUGACAUGACCACAUUGAGGAGACCGAAGAAAGGCUUCUGGCAGAGUUUGCGGUCUAAGAAUCCAGUUGUUGACCUUACAGAAGAAGACAGAGCAGCCAGACUGAAAGAAGAGAGCCUGGUUACGCAAGAGUUGGAUCAGCAGUUGGAACCAUCUUCAAAGCUGAAACAACCAUCAAGCACACCGCCUGUAGCCAUUAAAGAAGAAAAUCAAAGUGUUCCGGAGGAGGACCGUGUCAGUUCUUCAGUACAGUUGGAAGAGGAGGCCUGGCACUCCAAACUCCCUCCGUUCCCAGACACUCCGUUUCCCAAAGAGCUGCCGGUUGUAGCUGCCUCUCAUAACUUGCCCCAGAAGCCAGUGGUGAAACUAGCUCGGAUCGGAAGCGCACAAGAAUUAGGCAUCGCGUGGAACGUCGACCGGAAAGAUCCCCAUGCAGCAGAGAUGGAUUGCUACUACAUUUAUGUUUCCCAUGAACACAAAAACGGCACUUUUUCAGGAUGGAAGUGCCUUGGAGAGAUCAAAGCCAUGGCUCUUCCUAUGGCUUGCAAGGUGUCAGACUGCAAAGGAGAUAAACGACUGUGCUUCAUCGUUGUGGGGAAGGAUGUAUUUGGCCGUUACGGGCCGUACAGUGACAUACGUACUGUUGCACCGUGACAAAUGUGAUUUCUCCACUGUGUAAGAAGGUCUGAAGGAGUAUGACUGUGACUCUUUAUACUGGGAUUUCAAGUAUUUAAUUUUUUAAGAUUUCAAUUUCCUAAAAGAUGCUAAGUUGGGUAUAAAUAAAGUUAAAGCUGCUGUUUUUGUCCUUUUCUGGUAUUUCUAGUUCUGAAGAAAAUGUGAAUUUUGUUUUUCUUUUUUCCGCUCUUCUAUGAAUCUCACGAACACCAAAAGUAUUAAGAAAGAAGCUGCUGUCUUGUAUUGUCUUUUUUUUUAUUAUUAUUGGUUAUAAAGUUACAAUCUUAUUUAAUUCUCCUCUGGCCUUCAUUAUUUGAGGUCUUCAGUGGUACGAGUCAACAAAGCAAUCACUAGCCAAUAAUAGACGGGAGUGAAAUCUGAUUGUUAACUUCUAAUGUAAGCCGCAGAAAA